CGAGAUAAGACAGUACAGCAUGAAGAUAGGCAGAAACUGCAUAUCCGAUAUAAAUCCUUUAUCACACUUGUAAGCGAUUUCAUGGCGACGUUAGCUAGCUAAACCACAUAUAGUGUUAGUUAUAAAAAAUGUUUGGCUAAACUCAUUUUGGGGCGGCAGGUAGCCUAGUGGUUAGAGCGUUGGACUAGUAACCGAAAGCUUGCAAAAUCGAAACCCUGAACAAGACAGUUCCACUAGGCCGUCGUUGAAAAUAAGAAUUUGUUCUUAACUGACUUGUCUGCUAAAAUUAAAAUAAAUUCGUAGAAACGAAACACGUAAUUAAAUAUAACGGUUGUUUCGCGCAAAAAGGCGCAUGUGCAGAUCGUCAAAUCAAAGGCACUCCUUCGAUAUAAAGUUGUUUUUGACGAAAAUGAAAACGUGUCAGUUUGUCAUUUCCACGAGGUUGGCAUAAUAACAUGUUCAAAUACUUAAGACAUUGUAUUGAAUCUAGGUUGUGCCUUUUAGAUUUAGAGAAAAGUAAUAACUAAGGAAUUCUCAUUGAUUUCUCCAACCCCUGCUUGGUCUGUUUCGCAAGCGUUCACGAAAUUCUCACGAUGUGAGAAGUACCACUCUGUGGCAGUACCAUGGGUUCUAUUUCCUCGUUCCUCCUAGUCAAAUAUUUCAUUUGGUCUCUUAAAAAGUGUAGCUACCACAAACACCAAGCAGAGGCGGUGAUGUUUCUUCUGAUCUUUUCAAUUAUUGUUUCUGUUUAGUCUAAAAUGUAAUCCUGAGAUUAUUUUUAGGAGACUAACAUUUUCACGCGCUUGUUUUCAUUCCUUACGGUAAUGCUGAAGCGCUUCUGGUGCUUAGGUAUACGGUUGAUUUUGUUAUGGAUUGAUGGAUGGGUCUAUCCUGCUGUUUUUGUAGUCAGUUUGACAUUUGCUAUGUGCCUCUAAAAUUAUGUGAUGUCGUGUGAUAUCCUCGUGUUGUUAUUAUGAUGUCCCGGUUGAUGUUUUGAGAUCUCGAGGGGAGAUCUGCAUGAAGUUUGCAUUAGCUGGAAUCUUGGCUCUUAUCUGCCUGCAACUAGCUAGCUAUGAGGCUUGCUGUUUUGGGAAAUCGAUCGGACCCGCAAGACUAAACCAAACACAGACAUGGCUUCCCAGCUCCAGGUUUUCUCCUCUCCUUCAGUCUCCUCCAGCGCAUACACUCGUACCAAGAAAUUGAAAGUAGAGAACAGUGUGUGGGAUGUGAGCGUCCAGGUGGGAGACAACAACUACACUUACUACCAGCAGCAGGGCCCCAUCCAGGGAAAUGGAAACACAUCCUCCCCCUCUACAUCAAGUUUCAACCCAGCAUACAACUCCUCCAACUCCAACCAGGGGUAUCCAUCAAUGGGGGGAGGCUCCCGGGAGCAGACAGUCGUACGGGCGGCAGACAGCACAGGCAGUGCCCGAGGACCCUCUUCAUCUUCCUCCUCUUCUACCAGUCACCAUGUCAAGGAUGCUGCAUCCUCCUCCCAGCCAGGGGACCUAUACCACAAGCAGUACAGUAACAGCCUGAAGAGGAAAAGUGAGGAGGUGGACAGCAGUGACAGUGUUCAGAUCCUGGAGGAGCUCUCUGCCCCUGUGCUCUCCAACCGCCCCGCCGCUGGUGGGGGGACCACCACAGCCCAGUCCAUAGCACAUUCCACCUCCACCACUAAGAGUAGUAACUCCCACAGUGAGGGAGACUACCAGCUAGUGCAGCAUGAGAUCCUGUGCUCUUUGUCUAACAGUUAUGAGGUGCUGGAGUUCCUAGGGAGAGGUACUUUUGGCCAGGUGGCUAAAUGCUGGAAGCGUGGCACCAAUGAAAUCGUGGCCAUCAAGAUCUUGAAGAAUCAUCCUUCAUAUGCCCGGCAAGGUCAAAUUGAGGUGAGUAUCCUGAGCAGACUGAGCACAGAGAACGCAGACGAGUUCAACUUUGUGCGUUCCUACGAGUGUUUCCAACACAAGAACCACACCUGUCUCGUGUUUGAGAUGUUGGAGCAGAAUCUCUAUGACUUUCUGAAGCACAGCAAGUUCAGCCCGCUUCUGCUCAAGUCAAUCCGGCCUGUGCUGCAGCAGGUGGCCACGGCCCUGUUGAAGCUGAAGAGCCUGGGUCUAAUCCAUGCUGACCUGAAGCCUGAGAACAUCAUGCUGGUGGAUCCUCUCAGACAGCCUUACAGGGUGAAGGUCAUCGACUUCGGCUCCGCCAGCCACGUUUCUAAGGCAGUGUGUUCCACCUACCUACAGUCACGCUACUACCGGGCGCCAGAGAUCAUCCUGGGCCUUCCCUUCUGUGAAGCUAUAGAUAUGUGGUCUCUGGGCUGCGUCAUUGCUGAACUGUUCUUGGGUUGGCCUCUUUAUCCUGGUGCCUCAGAGUAUGAUCAGAUCCGGUACAUCUCCCAGACCCAGGGCCUGCCUGCUGAAUACCUCCUGAGUGAAGGCACCAAGUCCAGUCGCUUCUUUAACAGAGGCCCUGACUCCAGCUACCCCCUAUGGAGGCUCAAGACUCCUUCAGAGCACGAGGCGGAGCUGGGGAUAAAGUCAAAGGAGGCUCGGAAAUACAUCUUUAACUGUCUGGAUGAUAUGAUGCAGGUGAACAUGACUAGUCUGGCGGGGACUGACAUCCAGGCAGAGAAGGCGGACCGGAGAGAGUUUAUUGACCUGCUGAAGAAGAUGCUAACGCUGGACGCAGACAAACGCAUCACCCCCAUGAAGACCCUCAACCACACCUUCGUCACCAUGACCCACCUGCUGCACUUCCCUCACAGCUCACAUGUGAAGUCGUGCUUCCAGAACAUGGACAUUUGCAAGCGAAGGGUCAACCCAUUCGAGAGUGGAAAGAAUCUGUUUUCUAGCAGCAACACCCCCAGUGGAGCUACAAACCUCACUGUUACAUUUAGCAGCCAGCACAACCAGGUGGCGUCAACCGGUGGCCAGUCCCUGUCCCUGAGCAGCAACAUCCCUCUGCUGAACUACCAGUCGGGACUGUAUCAGCAGGCUACUAUCAACAUCCCAGGUCUCCACCAGCAAAGUGUCCCUCUGCAGACCAGACCCACCCAGCUGUGUGGCCAGGCAGAGCCUUUCCAGCAGACUCUCAUAGUCUGCCCACCCACCAUCCAGGGCCUCCAGUCAUCCGGUAAACACUCUGGGUUCCCAGUGAGGAUGGAUAACUCUGUUCCCAUGGUACCCCAGAACCAGUCCACUCAGCCUCUGCAUCUCCAGCCUGGAAUGCUCACACAGGGCUGGCCAGCAGGCACCCAGCAGAUCCUCAUCCCCUCCACGUGGCAGCAGAUGCCAGGUAUGUCCCUCCACAACCCCAGCCAAACCCAGACUCUGGUCCCUGACUCUCCCAUGGGAGCCCCCCUCUCUGGGGGAGACAGCUCAGGACAACAGGCCCCACACUGGAGGGGUCGUCAUGGCAGUCAUUACCAUGGCAUCAAACAGCAGGACCAUACACUGGGGCGUCAUGCACCUGCGGCCCAGUUCCAAGCAAGAUCUCAGCAGGGGAAAAGGUCUAAGGCUCGACAUGCCGACAGUAGGGCCAGGCCUGUGUUGUCUCUGCAGACAGCCACCCCUAUGGUCCACAACACACCACUGCCUGCCUUGAGUGGUGAUCCAAUUAUCAUCUCUGAUACUCCCAGCCCUGCUGUCAGCAUUAUCACUAUCCAUAGUGACACAGAGGACGAGGAUGACGGGAAGUUCCCUGCUGCCAGCUCUGGUGCUAACCAGCGGGCCAACGUGAUUAGCUGUGUGACAGUCCACGACUCACAUGACUCUGACUCGUCCACCAGCAGUCCCCUGAGCCCCAAGGGCCUGGCCAACAGCUCUUCCUCGUCCCAGACCUCCCACUCCUUCUCCAAGUCUCUAGCCAUCAUCCUGCCCUUAGUGAAGACCCAGUCUGGGGAGAGCAGAGUACAAAAAACAGAUCAACCUGCUAAUGUCUCUGGUAAAUCCAAGAAGGGGACAGCUCAGCAGUCCAGCAGGGCAGGAAGGACCUCCAGCUCUGAUCGCAACCAGAGUGCCACAACUAGCAGAUCCCAACCACUCAACCUGAGUCAGGUACAGCAGUCUGUGAUGUCAUCAUCACAAGACAGAACAGGAGGCAACAACAGCUCCUUGCCCCGUCAGACCACUUACCCUCCUCCCAUCUCCUCUAACUCCUCUUACCGCCUGCACGAGGCUGCCUCCAUCUUCACCUCUACCCCGAACCUGUACGCCUACCCUGCCUCUGCCGCCCUGGCCUCUGUCUCCCAGGCCGUGGACCAGCUCCAUGCCGGCGGCUCUUCUCGACAUGCCCGGCCCAAUGGGCCCUACUCCUCCCUGGGGCUCCUACAUGCCCAGGGACAGUACCACCACCAGCAGCAGCUGGCGGCCCAGCCUUACCCCGUUCCCCGAUCCAGCGCGGCAGCCUACCAGCUAAGCCAAAGGAAGCUCAGUCAGUACCCCUACCUGUGAAGAAUAGAAGCUGCCUGAGACAGAACCAUAGAAAUAUAAUCUGUGGACAGAUCAGCUCUCUAGCCCAGCGGAAGACCAAAUGGAGACCAAGAUUAUAAAGGUGCCCAACUGCACAAGUAUAGCACUGGGACAAUGAUUUGUCAUGUUUUUUAAAUGUGCAAUUUAUUAAGACCUUGUUUAAAAUUUUAACAGCUUUGUUGGCAAUUUCCUGAUUUCAGAGACGGUUUUAACGUGGUAAAUAUGGGUUUUUUCCCUUUCGCUUUUUUCCCCGUUACUUAAAUUAAGCACACUUAUGUUAACAAAAAGUAUUUAGACAUUUCUUCUAUGUAAAGCCAGUAUUUCGUUUUUUAAUAUCUUUGUUUUUAGAAUAAUAAGCUUAUAAUAGCCUACCUGUCAAAAGCACUAACCAUUUGUGUCCUUUAUGCCAUUAUGACAAUUUAUUUCCAUUGUUAUUUUCAUCAUGUUCAUCAUGUACUUCUGCUAAUCAAAUUGUAUAUUAUAAUGUACCUUUUAUUCAUUUCUUUUGUGUCUAUACAUUGCAAAUGACCCUGAACAGAGUUGGUCUCUGUUAUAAAUGUUUUGUGUUUAUGUUUGUUAAAAAAUACAGAUGAAAUUUGUUGACAAAAUCACCUUAUCUGAAACUUCUGACAUUGCCGUUUGCAAACAUGAAUCUUUUGUGUUUUUCUCCAGCCUGUCACUGAGGCGCUUGUCAAAGGCCCUUGACUUUGAAAGUGCUGCUCACAUAUUCCACACAUCACAUUAAUAAUCUCAUCACCACUUUAAGCGAGUUGAUAGAGUUGAUGGUUUUGGUGACAUGAUGGUCGUUCAUACAAUCAUACUAUUGUAAUGUGAAGUGCUACAUAGAACAGACAGUACACCUUAAUCAUCAUAUAGGCAAUAAAAUGGUUUUUAAGAUGUA